CGUCGAGAUGUGCUCAUAAAACAAGGCAGUUGCGAUGAUGCUUUAGUGCUACCCGUUACGUCCAUGGUAGUGUUUGAAGUGUGGUUAAACUGUGUCUUGUUCUUGUGGCAGCAGAACGAGUGUAUGUUGAGUACCUCCUUGCGGAUUGAUUGCGUACAUUUCAACACUCGACUCAAAAUAUAUAAACGCUUUUGUCGAACUCUUGAGAAUAGUCGAUCUUGUGAAGAGAGUUUUGUCGAAGCACUCGUUUUCAAUUCUGGAUGUUGGACCGAUGUAGCAGAACGUUUGUACCUAACAGGUUUACAGACGGAUCGUGGACAUAAAGCCCAUGUGGAUACCACUAACUUGUCUAGAUUUCGUUGCAUUAUGCACUGUAAGUCUAUAAGACAAAUGUAGAGAGGAAGUUCGACGACAGUUUUGGCUAUUUUUUGGCGCAAUAUAUGCUGUCAAUGUGCGUCACGGCGCCAGCUUCAAAGUAAUACGUCUCAAACAAUGACAUCAGAUCAGUUGGGAUCCGAUUAACAGGAUUCUAAGCAAAGGUUUUUGACAUUCUUGCUGACAAAUAUAAAACUUGUUUAAGCUUUUAAAAAGUGGUCAAAGCUUUUUGGAUAAAAUCCAAGAUGAGUGUUCAGUACACAUCAGAUGAGAGUGAAUUCGCGUUAUGUGACUUACUAUCUUCAGCUACCGAAUGCGAUGAGAACACUACUAUCGCCUUACCUGAAUUCACGCCAUUCACGGCGUUCAAGGUGGGCGUCUUGGCUCUCAUGAUAGUAUUUUCCACCGUUGGAAACUGCAUUGCCAUUGCCGUCACCUGCAAGAUCCGUGGUCGCCGGAAAUCCACAGUGACUACGCUGAUCCUAAACCUGGCAGUCAGUGACCUCAUCGUGACGUACUGCCACAUGCUGGUCCAUAUGAUAUGGUACUCCACCGACGCAUGGCUAGGUGGGGAAGCUCUGUGUAAAAUCGCUAAGUUCUUCUCUAACUUUGGCUUAUUUGCUUCAUCCUUCAUCACUGUGGAUGUUGGGUUGGACAGGUGCCUGGCAGUACUUCGCCCGUUGGGGCACCGUCAGCGACCGUUCCAUAUUAAGAUGAUGAUUAUAACCUCGUACAUGGUUGCCUUUCUCUUCAGUAUUCCACAGGUAGGUAUUUUUGAAAUUGUUGCUAAAUGA